UCAUUAUCAUUCAGGCCAUCAACUCUACGACAAUUCAUUAUCCAUAAAAAUUCGGUCAAAUCUAGGUGUUAUUAUAAAGUAGAGCUAGCUAGGCAAAAAGUUCAAAAUUCCGUUCGUAUGAAAUUCAAAAUUCAUAUCAUCCACCGUGCCCGGUCCUCGUUGGGACACGAUAACUAGCAACACCGUACUAGCAACUGCGAACUCUGGUAAUCUUCGGAGAAGUGGCUGGAGCUCCACCCUGGCUGGAUUGAGUUGGUGCGGUAUUGUUUUAUAUCUGGUGUCCGUGGAGAGGUAGUCCAAGGUAGAGGAAGUCCUAUAAGCUAACCCCCAUCGAGGCUUACGGCGAUAAUCGGGCGGGAUUUUUGAGGAGUAAAGUAAAAAACAGAUUAGGGAUUAGCACCAUGUCUGGAUCGAAUCAACAACAGCAGCACCUCAAUGGUCAGACUGGAUUCUACGAGUAUCUGUUGCCUGGGAUCUACGAUUAUCCGGUGACCCACAGUGCAGCGGUCAACAUGACUGCGUACAACCUGACGCCCAUUCUGGGCCUAACCUUGCCAGCCUGGACUAUUCCGGCCCAGAAUCCGGCCACCUAUGUAGCCGGGCCCUUCGGCGUGAUCAACUACGUGUCCGACAUGGACUCCCACAUGGCCCUCCCCACAAUCCACACCCUAGUCAGUGGCAUAAUCUAUGAAGCCAUGAGCCCCAAUCCGCAGACUAUCUAUCCCCAUCAAAUGCUCUGUGAUUUUGGCCAAAUAGAGACAGAGAAUCGGGACAACUACGGAUAUAUGGGAUAUGGAGAUGAAGCCAUUAAUCUUAGCUUUACCCAAGAUCUGAACGUUUCAGAGGAGGAUCAGGACAGGCUAGAGACGGCUAGAGAUCCGCUGAGAGAUCCCGUGGAGGAGCCAGUAGAUAUAGAACCGGUAGCAGUUGAAGAGAAAGGUGACGUGCAGCGUUCGUCGAAAAGAGGACAUCAGGAGAGCGCCCGAGGUUCCGGAAACGUAGGAGAAGGUCGCCGUAACCGCAAAAAGCAGAAGUCUAAGCGUAAGCGGGUCUACGAGGCCGAGCAGGGCUACCUAGUCGAGGAGCCCACUAGCGACGCUUCCGAGGAGGAGGAUUCCCGAGAGCAACCAAAAGAUUCCCCGAUGCAGAAUCCAGAAGUGUAGAAUCGGUUUUGGAUAUUUGAGAUCACCCAACACCGAUUCGUGUUCAUUCCCCAAAAUUGAAUUGCAUGCCAAUGCGUUGUGUUAAGAUUCGAAACAACCGUGAUCGAACCUGGGCCGAUCCGGAUUGUUUCGACGUAGAUGCUAUUGUGUGAGGUUUUGUACGGAUUGUUGAAAUUUCCUCUCCGAAUGUUUGAGAAUAUAUUUUAUAUGCAAGUUGGAAAA